AUGGUCGCUACUAUGGAAAACCACUGCGAGAAACUUGAGCAAAACGGACACUCAUCAUCCCUUUUGGAGAAACUGGCCAAUGAAAUAUUGCAGAAAUCCAUCCAAAUCAGUAUGUAUUUGGCUGCAAAUGAUCAUGCACAGCCAUCGUUUGACAGAGACGCACCCAUUACCUGCAUUCCCGCGAAUGCACCACCGGAGAUUCGCAAGGCUCGCCAAGACCUCAUGGAAGGCUCCUUGAAGGCCUUCCAGCUUGCGAUGGGUCCAAGCGAAUAUAUUCCCAAUCUAGCAUUAGGUUUUCAUUAUCUAGCAUGUUUGCGCUGGCUUGCUUACUUUGACAUCUUUGCGAAAGUGCCCCUGCAGGGUUCGGUCCCGUACGAGAUACUAGCACAAGAGGCGAACGUGUCUGAGACUCAGCUCAAGGCAAUUGCUCGCAUGGCAAUGACCAACAAUCUCUUCUGCGAGACAGAGCCGAACCACAUCGCGCAUACUGCUACUUCCGCACUAUUCGUGACACAUCCUGAGACCCAUGACUGGGCGAUCUUUAUGUCUGAAAAGUCAGCAUCCUGUGCAUCCAAGAUUCUAGAAGCAUCGGUGAAAUGGCCCAAGAGUCUUGCAAAGAACAAUACCGCCUUUAAUGUUGCGUACGGCACUGACAAACCCUUUUUUGAGUGGCUCGAUACCCAGCCGACAGAGCGAGAGCAGUUUGCCAAGUACAUGCGGAUGAUCCAACAAAGCGAGGACGGCUUUGAUUGGGCUUCGCUGGGGAAAGCCACAGUCGUUGAUGUCGGAGGCUCGACCGGAACCGCCAGCAUCGCUUUGGCCAAAUCAUUUCCCGAUCUGAAUUUUAUUGUCCAAGAUCUCCCGGGAAAUACCAAAUCAGGCGCGGCGUCUCUUAACGAGCCAUCCCUGGCCGGUCGCAUCUUAUUUCAGGAACACAAUUUCUUCGACAUCCAGCCGUUCAAUGGCGCGGACGUGUAUCUCUUACGCAUGAUUAUCCAUGACUGGCAGCUUGAAGAUGCGGUCAAGAUUCUUCAGCAGCUCUUACCGGCCUUUAAGAAAGGAUCAAGAAUCGUCAUCAUGGAUAUAGUCCUGCCGACACCAGGGACCAUUCCAACAGUGCAAGAAGGCCUUUUGAGAGCCCGUGACCUGACGAUGUUGCAGAGUUUCAAUAGCACCGAGAGGGAUACUACUGAGUGGACUGCUCUUGUCAAGAAGGCGGAUCCGAGUUUACAGAUCAUAAAUAUAGUUCAACCAGUAGGGAGUAUAAUGGCUGUGUUGGAGAUCGUGUGGGAACAUAGCUAG